CCCAAGUCCAUGUCCUUUCAAUCUCUUAAGAUCUUUUAAGUAUUCUUCUCUUAGCCGCAAUGCCAACGGCGUCAGGCCGUGCGCUGUCCUUGGCCGAUGAGCUCGAGAGUUGGAUUCGCCUGGCCAGCCGGUCGGCGGUCGAUGCCUUCGGAGAAAGGCCGGAGACAAAAUGUGUGGAAGUGAACACCGACAUCACCAUGCAGGACAUGGAAGAGUGGUGCCAAGUGGAGGCUGAGAUUUCUCAAGAGGGGCUCGAAGUCUCCGACGAGAAGGCGGAGGCGCUGCAGGGGCGACUCCGAGGAAUUGCUCUGGAGGAGCAGCAACUGAAUGAAGAGCUUGCCAACUUGAAGGCUCAGCUCAAGCAAGAGAAGGCAUUCAAUCAUCAGCAGAAUCAAGCACAUCAACAACAGGUGCGGAAGCUGAAACAGGCACUCAACAAGCAGAAGAAGGAGGCAGAAGCCAAGGAACAGCAGCGCCGCAAAGAAGAAGCGAAAGUCAAGCAGGCCAAAGAGGAGUCUGCUCGGGAAGAAGCAAAGCUCAAGCAACAGCUGCAACAGGCCCGUGAGCUUAACCAGAAGCUGAAGGACAAGUUACAGGAGUCCAACGGCGAGGAUCAUCGAGGUUUGCUCAAAGACCUGAGGAUGGCGAUUCAUACACUGAAGUGUUCCCUAGUGGAGGAGCACGAGAAGGAGAAGUCGUUACAUGAGCAGCUUGAGAAAAAUGCAGAAGAGGACGCGGAGAUCGAGGCUGACACGAAGCACUGCGUGGCCACGGUGAGACUUCUUUCUCAACAGGCGAUCAUGUUAAAGCAAAUGGUCAAUGUCUCCAAUGCCGAAUUGGACGGCUGGAAUGAACAAGUGGGGAGGCUCCAAGAGCGAAAGCAGGAGGCGCGAGAUACCGCGAAGGAGCGGCAAGUGAUGGAAAAGUGUGCCAAAAAGUACCAGCAACGUCAACAAGGGCUUCCAGAUGAGAAGGACAGUGAAGGUAAAACAGUGCAUUCAGACCCUUCGGGUAGCAGAAGAUCCUCGAGGUCAGUAUCUCUGGUAAAGGCACAGUGAAGAAGAGCUGAUUGCGCUUGACAACACGAAGAAUGUCAAGUUGCGCGGCGCUUCUCACAGGCCAUGGAGUGAGCUGAAGGAGCGUUUGGGGCAUCCGAUCGGCCCAAAGGGGGCCAGUGCAUGAUGGCCAAAGUGCAGCCACCCUUUGAAGAUGUACAGACCGGUGGCAGGAAGCACGGAGGAGCAGAGCGGAGCAAAGCUUUACUACGCAGUGGUGAGGGC